CCUGAUUUGUAGAGAAUCUAAAUUGAAAAAAUUGGGGUAUCUUCAUAACCACCAAUUGAAGUUAACACCACCACGGUCUGGAAUGUAAAGCUGCAUUUUAAUGUCAUGAUGAACCAGCAGAAGUGGGCUAAUCUGAGUCCUUCGGAGUUUUCUCAGCUUCAAAAAUAUGCAGAAUAUUCAACAAAGAAAAUUAGGGAUGUUUUAGAAGAAUUCCAUGGCAAUGGUGUGCUAGCAAAGUAUAAUCCUGAAGGGAAGCAAGAUAUUCUUAAACAAACAAUUGAUUUAGAAGGUUUCAAGUUAUUUAUGAAGACUUUUCUUGAAGCUGAUUUACCAGACGAAUUUUGCGAUCAUCUCUUUGUAUCUUUUGGAAACAAAGUUCCUCCUAGCAGUCCUUUGGUAAAGAAUAAACCUCCAUUCUUUCCAGGAGGUUUGCGAAUUGCUAAAAGCAUAACUACACAUCCUCAACAUCUUUCCACAAUGCACAUACCAGAAGUAAUCCAGUUGAAAGAUAUUGUUUGUUAUCUUUCCCUUCUUGAAAGAGGAAGACCUGAAGACAAACUAGAAUUUAUGUUUCGCUUGUAUGACACCGAUGGAAACGGUUUCCUGGACAGUUCGGAACUUGAAAACAUCAUUACUCAAAUGAUGCAUGUUGCAGAAUAUCUUGAAUGGGAUGUCACUGAACUCAGUCCAAUUCUUCAUGAGAUGAUGGAGGAAAUUGAUUAUGACCAUGAUGGCACAGUUUCCUUGGAAGAAUGGAUCCAGGGGGGAAUGACUACGAUCCCGCUUUUAGUAUUGCUUGGAUUAGAGAAUAAUGUGAAGGAUGACGGGCAGCAUGUAUGGAGACUAAAACACUUUAACAAGCCUGCCUACUGUAAUCUCUGCUUGAAUAUGCUAAUCGGAGUAGGCAAACAGGGCCUCUCUUGUUCAUUUUGCAAGUAUACUGUCCAUGAACGUUGUGUUUCAAGAGCACCAGCUUCUUGUAUCAAAACAUAUGUGAAAUCGAAAAAGAAUACUGAAGUUAUGCAUCACUUUUGGGUAGAAGGAAAUUGUCCAACAAAAUGUGAUAAAUGUCACAAAACUAUUAAAUGUUACCAAGGACUGACUGGGCUACAUUGUGUGUGGUGCCAAAUCACACUACAUAAUAAGUGUGCUUCACACUUAAAACCUGAAUGUGAUUGUGGCUCUCUAAAGGAUCACAUUCUACCUCCCACAUCAAUCUGUCCAGUCGUAUUGAUUCUACCCCCUUUAGGAGUUUCACUUCCUGAGGAACGCCAAGCAACAAUGAAAAAAGAAAGAAGUGGCUGUCAGCAAACAAACAAACUAGCUGAUCGAAACAAGAUGCAGAGAGCAAAUUCUCUCACUAUCGAUGGUCAAGGCCUUCAGAUCACACCAUCUCCUGGUACUCAUCCACUUCUAGUUUUUGUUAACCCUAAAAGUGGUGGAAAACAAGGAGAAAGAAUUUAUAGGAAAUUUCAGUAUCUUCUAAAUCCUCGUCAAGUUUACAGCCUUGCAGGAAGUGGACCAAUGCCAGGAUUAAAUUUUUUUCGAGAUGUUUCUGACUUUAGAGUAUUGGCAUGUGGUGGAGAUGGAACAGUAGGUUGGAUUUUAGACUGCAUAGAGAAAGCAAAUUUGAUUAAACAUCCUCCUGUUGCUAUUCUCCCUCUUGGAACUGGGAAUGACUUAGCCAGAUGUCUGAGAUGGGGAGGAGGAUAUGAAGGUGAGAAUCUUCUGAAGAUUUUAAAAGAUAUUGAGAAUAGUACCGAAAUUUUGUUGGACAGGUGGAAAUUUGAAGUGAUACCUAAUGAUAAAGAUGAAAAAGGAGAUCCCGUGCCUUACAGCAUCAUCAAUAAUUACUUUUCAAUUGGAGUGGAUGCUUCAAUUGCUCACAGAUUUCACAUUAUGCGAGAAAAACAUCCAGAGAAGUUCAAUAGCAGGUGA